CUUCUGUAGUUUAGUACGAUCACCACAGAGAGAUUAGUUUUUCACGAAGUUGCAAGUGAUAUCAAUGGAAUCUAGUAGUUUAUUCAACUGUGCUGUCAGGUAAAUAUGAUGGAAAUGAAGACAUGAAAAUAUUACAACAAAUUACCGGAUCUUGCUGGAUUUAUUUUAGCGCGAAAGAUGAACCUACUAUUGAUGUAUCUCUCAGUGAAAAAAAUUGCGACAUUGUUGACGAAAAACUCGAUUUUAAAAACUUUCAACUCUUACCGUUUUUACAUGAGAACUCCAGCCAUGCCAUUCGAAAAUGUAACAAAAAAGAUAGUGAAGUAGGUGACGAAGUGGAAAUAGUUGUGGAAUGUGAAGACGUCAAGCCCAACAUUAAUUCACUAAAAGUUGCAAAAAUUGAAGAUGAUUCUCGAAAUUACUUGCGGAAUGUGAAAAAUAACGAUGAUUAUAGAACCCAAAACAUUAUUAAAAUAGAACCCGCGGUUGAAGUGAAACAAGAAAUUGUUGCUUACAAUGCAGAAGAAUCGAAUUUGAAUCUCGACUGCGAACUUGUCGAACAAUAUAAUAAAAAGAGAAUUACGAAAAUGCUUAACAACAAACGGAAACCUUGCAACUGGGAUAUUUGCGAAAAGUCUUUUACUCAAAAAGGUUAUCUUAAAACCAACGUUGAUUCUGUACACAAAGCUGACAAACGUACGUGUGAUAAAUGCGGCAAGACAUUUUCUCAAAAGAGUUAUCUUCAAAUCCACAUUGAUUCUGAGCACAAGAAAAUUACUCACGCAUGUGAUACACGUGCAAAGACAUUCACCCAAAAAAGUAAUCUCAAAAUUCACAUCGAUGUGGAACAUAAUAGGAAAACCUACGCUUGUGAUGUAUGCCAAAAAAAAUUUCGAUAUACGCAAGUUCUCAAAACCACAUAGACUCAGUGCAUAAUGGUACUAAAUAUCCAUGCUACUUCUGUGGGAAGAAAUACAUUCAAAAGGGUCAGCUCAAAAUCCAUGUUGAUUCGGUACACAAAGCUGACAAACAUACAUGUGAUAAAUGCGGCAAGACAUUUUCUCAAAAGAGUUAUCUUCAAAUCCACAUUGAUUCUGAGCACAAGAAAAUUACUCACGCAUGUGAUACAUGCGGAAAGACAUUCACCCUAAUGAGUAAUCUCAAAAUUCACAUCGAUGUGGUACAUAAUGGGAAAACCUACGCUUGUGAUGUAUGCCAAAAAAAAUUUCGAUAUAAGCAUGUUCUCAAAAUCCACAUCGAUACAGUGCACAAUGGUGUCACACAUAAAUGUGAUAUUUGCGAAAGUCUUUUGCUCAAAAAGGUUUUCUCAAAAUGCACAUCGAUUCGGUGCACAACGGUACCAAACAUACAUGCGAUUUAUGUGGGAAGAAAUUCACAUAUAAGAGCGGUCUUAAAAUCCACAUCGAUGGAGUGCACAAUAAAACCACCCACUCGUGUGAUGUGUACGGAAAUACAUUCAAACAGAAGAGUUAACUCAAAAUCCACUUUGAUUCCAUGCACAAUCGUAUUUUAAAAUGGUAUAUUUUCUUUAAUAAUAAUAUCAUUAAUUCCUCCGAUAUUAUUCCGUUAUGUAAACACAAUAUUUAAGUUUAAAAAAUAUAAUUAAUUUUUAGAAAAAA